AUGGCCCCAGAUAGCGACACUAUCGUAGUCCAGCUACCAGAAGACCUCCGGACCCCAAGCAUACUGGACGACGAAAUGGAGACCGACGAAAGGCACCAAGACAACCCAACAACACCCAUCGAGCAGACCACCUGUGAACGGUCUGGCUCAGCCCGUUACACCAAGAAGGAGCAGGACGAUCUUAAGCUAGCUAUUAAGCUACGUAACGAUAGAGUUAUCACAACAUUAGGCGCACCCUUUAAAGCAUCUAAUGACCAAGAGAUCAGCGACCUCGUAGGUCGUGGAGUCUUUAAGUUUGAGCAAUACGACGAGAGGCUACACAGCAAGAUCUAG